CCAGCAGUACCCUAUCUCUAUGGCGGCAGCAGCAGUUUCGCCAUCUCUUUACUUAGACCAUAAAAGACAUCAACACUUCCAUAUCCACCAUAAUCCCACCAAAACUCUCCCCUUUCUUUCUUCUAGGAACAACCCUAUUCUUCCUCUACAAAGACUCCUCCAUUUCAAUUGCAAAUGUUAUGUCCCUUCUUCUUCUUCCUCCGUCACUCCAUCUCACUAGUCACUACUCCUCCUUCCUCGACGAUCCCGUUUACGGGAACUCGUUUUUUAUCCAAUGAGGAGCUCGAGAAGCUCAAAGCCUUGGAGUCUUUCGUUUAUCUCCUGGAUUUGGAAUCUGGGUCGUUUUCGGUUCGGGUAAUGAGGAAUGAUGAGAUGGAUUUGACCGCCGAGUCAUUCGCUGAGUCAAUGUUGAUGCCUUUAGGAUAUGGGAUUUUGAUGAGGUUCUUGGUGAAACAGUAUUUGAUCGAGAGGAGAACUGUGAUGCCACGUGCCGUCACUUUAGUUGGGUAUUUUACAGAUAAAGAUGGGGAAAAGGGAAACGAGCUUGCCGGGACUGUUGAAGUUUGCUUUGAUGAAAGGGGUGCUAAUGCUUCUCCCCCAACGCCUUUGCCUCCCAUGAAUUCACCAUACAUCUGUAAUAUGACCGUCACAAAGCACCUUAGAAGGUUCUUUCGGUUAUUGUUUUAGAUAAAAUUAAUCCAAUCUUUAUUUAAAGAA